UCAGAAGAUAACCAUCUUCCCAUUCAGGGAGGAAUGCAGAGGCCGAACGGGAGUCUUUGUUUUCGCAGCUUCCUUUUUUUUCCCCUCAUUUUAACGCGUUCUCUUCAAAUCUCUUCUAUCUCUGCAGCUGUCUGACCUGCACAUCGGGUGUGGUUAUUUUUGAUUUGUUGUUGUUUUUACUGGUUUAUUGAACAGCUGACAUGAUGAACUUUUUCUCCAUUGGGUCACAAAGACAUCCAAGUGUCUGAUUGUGAAGGAGGGAGGACUUACCUGUGUAAUAACGACUCAAAUAAAUGUCUUUAGUGUGAGGACUGUAAACUAGGACAUGAAAUGCAGAAAUGGGGCAGCACAGAGCCUGUCUAAUGUUUCACUGCCUGCUCUGUGGAGAUUGUUACGUACACUUCUUGUCUUUCAGAAUGAAAAUUGCAGAGAUCAAAACUUCUCAAGGCUUCCGCAGCUGCUUUUGGAGACAGACAGGAUGUGGAUGACUAACCUUGUAGCCUUUUGUCUGCUGGCCGUCGUGGCCUCUGCAGAGGAAAAGAAGCUAAGCAGCUACGCCACCGCGCUGGCUGACCACAGCGCCAAUCUGGCCUUCAGCCUCUACCACAACAUGGCAAAGGACAAAGACACAGAGAACAUCCUCCUCUCCCCGGUGGUGGUGGCCUCCUCUCUGGGCAUGGUGGCUCUCGGUGGCAAGGCCUCAACCGCCUCCCAGGUCAAAACCGUCCUCAGUGCCGACAAACUCAAGGAUGAACAUCUGCACGCGGGCCUGUCCGAGCUGCUCUCCGAGGUGAGCGACGCCAAGUCGCGCAACACCACCUGGAAGAUCAAUAACCGCCUGUACGGCCCCAGCUCCGUCUCCUUUGCUGACGAUUUUGUGAAAAACAGCAAGAAGCACUACAACUACGACCACUCAAAAAUCAACUUCCGGGACAAGAGGAGUGCAGUGAACUCCAUCAACGAGUGGGCAGCCAAGUCCACAGACGGCAAGCUAACCGAGAUCACCAAGGAUGUGCAGAACACAGAUGGGGCCAUGAUCGUCAACGCCAUGUAUUUCAAGCCUCACUGGUUUGAGACAUUCAAUGAUCAAAUGGUGGACAACCGUGGUUUCCUGGUCACCCGCUCUUUCACCGUGGGAGUUCCCAUGAUGCAUCGCACUGGUCUGUACGACUUCCACGAGGACAAAGAGAACCGCCUCUUUGUGCUGAACAUGCCUCUGGGCAAGAAGGAGGCCUCUAUGAUCCUCAUCAUGCCCUACCACCUGGAGCCCCUGGCACGCCUGGAAAAACUCCUGACCAGGAAGCAGGUGGACACCUGGAUCAGCAAGAUGGAAAACAUCGCCGUGGCCAUUUCUCUUCCCAAAAUCGCAUUGGAGGUCAGCCACAACCUGCAGAAACAUCUGGCUGAGCUUGGCCUGACCGAGGCCGUGGACAAAUCCAAGGCGGACUUGUCCAACAUCUCCGGGAAGAAGGACCUGUACCUGUCCAACGUCUUCCACGCUUCGGCCCUGGAGCUGGACGUGAAGGGAAACCCCUUCGACACCAGCGUCUACGGCUCCGGCAAGCUGACGAACCCACGACUUUUCUACGCCGAUCACCCCUUUGUGUUCCUGGUGAAAGACAACAAGACCAACUCCAUCCUGUACAUCGGCAGAGUGGUCAAACCGAAAGGAGACAAGAUGCGCGAUGAGCUAUAAUGUCGGUGUUGUUACGGGUAGCUUUUGUUAAUUCUGAAACAAUGUGUGUAUAUUUGGUGUAUGACCGUUACCUCCUGAGCACAUUCCAAUUGGCAUCCUGUGGACUGAGCACCUGAGCUCGCUGUGUCGGGACGCACUAAACUUUCCCAGGGAACAGUUCUGUAUGAACAUAAGGUCGCAGACGUAUGACAUUCCACAUCCCACAUAUUUUCCUCAUUUAAGAUCUCCAUAAAGAAAAAGCGGACAACAGCUUAUAUUAAGUUUCGACAUCCUGUUUUUGUCACUAUUGCAAACCAUGUGCGCUUUCUUCUGUCAUCUUUAAUGUUUAAGGGGGAAAAAAGGUCUUUGCACUUCAUGAACUCAGUUUUUUAUUUUUGCCUUCGGUCUGCACUGAAUUAGGUUUGCAGAGGGACGCUGGCGACAGUCUGGUGCUUCACACAUGUUCACCUGCCAACCACGUUGUGCCAUUUUUUUUUCACUGUUUUCCACAAAGAAGCUGUUGGAAUUGUGUGUUAUGUAAUUAUGUGUUGAUUUUUAAUAAAUAAUAACAAAGAG